AUGGCAUCACCUCUCAGCAAAUGGGCCGACGGCCCCCUUGAGCUCAUUGAGACUCCCUCCUUUACGAAGCGUAUAGACGAUCACCCGGCCCACUAUAUCGCCAACGAGAUGGCCUUCGCCCACAACGCUAUGCUUCGCGGCCUUAACGCCAUCUAUUUGCAGGCGCCCUACAUACCAAAGGCUGACGUCUCCGAUUUCCUCUUUUUUGUCGCCUCGUGGGCUGGUUGGGUACAGCAUCAUCACAUUCUGGAGGAGACACGCAUGUUUCCAGGCUUCGAGCGCAUUCCCGGUAUUAAGGCCGGGCAGCUCUCGCACAAUAUCGAACAACACCAGCUCUUCUCCACUGGCCUCGAUGAUCUUAAAAAGUACGCUACAAAUUCAACUGAAGCAGAUUAUGACGGCGGAAGACUGCGUGAGCUCAUUUCUAGCUUUUCUACAUACAUGCGCGAGCAUUUAGCCGAUGAAAUCGACACUCUCUGGGGCCUCGAAUGUUGUGAGAAGGGCCAGGAAGAAAACCUACUCAAGGUGUACAAGGACUGCGAAGCGGAAGCUGGAAAGCAAGACAAGACAGUAGUGCCACCUAUGGUUCUGGGGCUAUGCGACAAAACAUUUCAGGGUGGCAAUAGCUGGCCUGCCAUGCCUAUAGGCUCAGAAUACAUUGUCCACUAUCUACUUGGCAGGAAACAUAGGGGCGCAUGGAGGUUUUUGCCGUCCGACACAUUUCGAAGGCCAAGACCGUUACCUUUUUUAGGCGACGAGAGUUAA